UGAUUCUUUGUAUUUUUGAACCAUUACUUGGAAAGUAACGUAAAAGAUUAAUUGGUUUCUAGUUUGUACAUAUUUUAUGGUAAGUGAGAGAAGGAAGGAAAGACAGAAAUGAUGAGGAUUGCAAGAAUCCAACAACAGCAGCCACUUAAGUGGAUACCUUUGUGGAAGUGGGGUGGAAGGAUUUUCAACAAUUUUCGCAGAAACCAUCGAAAAGCUGAACUAGCAUCCUUAUAAAUUACCCUUUUCCUCGCAUUACCUUCCAAUCAAGAAUCACACAACCCCUUUAGAAUCAUAUUUAUAACUAAGUGUAAGACAGCAACAAUGACGGUGACACCAAUGAUUUCAAUCAAUGAUGGGAACCUCGUGGUUCAUGGGAAGACAAUUUUAACUGGAGUUCCUGAUAACAUUGUUUUGACUCCUGGCUCUGGUGUUGGACCUGUUGCUGGUGCUUUUAUUGGUGCCACCGCUUCUCAUAGCAAAAGUCUCCAUGUUUUUCCUGUUGGGGUUUUAGAGGGUCUUCGUUUUAUGUGUUGUUUCCGAUUCAAGUUAUGGUGGAUGACCCAGAGAAUGGGGAAGUGUGGGAAAGAUAUUCCACUGGAGACUCAAUUCAUGCUAGUGGAAAGCAGGAGUGGUGGUGAAGAAGUUGAUCAAGAUGAUGCACAGACAAUCUACACUGUUUUCCUUCCCUUGCUUGAAGGCCAGUUCCGUGCUGUACUGCAAGGCAACGACAGGAAUGAGAUGGAGAUUUGCCUUGAUAGCGGGGAUAGUGCUGUUGAGACCAAUCAAGGACUUAACCUGGUCUACAUGCAUGCUGGGACUAACCCCUUUGAAGUCAUAAACCAGGCUGUCAUGGCUGUGGAAAAAUAUAUGCAAACUUUUCUUCAUCGGGAAAAGAAAAAGCUGCCCUCUUUUCUUGACUGGUUUGGCUGGUGUACUUGGGAUGCCUUUUACACGGAUGUCACCGCUGAGGGUGUCAAGGAAGGCCUUGAGAGUCUGUCAGAAGGAGGGACUCCCCCGCGAUUUUUGAUCAUUGAUGAUGGUUGGCAACAGAUCGAAAAUAAAGCGAAGGAGGAUGCUAAUGUUGUUGUACAAGAAGGAGCACAAUUUGCAAGUAGGCUUACUGGAAUAAAGGAGAAUUCGAAAUUCCAGAAGAACUGUGAAAAGAACGAGCAGGUGAUUGGACUGAAGCAUGUUGUGGACGAUGCUAAGCAAUGCCACAAUGUGAAGUAUGUUUAUGUAUGGCAUGCUUUGGCUGGUUACUGGGGUGGAGUUAAACCAGCAGCUGCUGGUAUGGAGCAUUAUGAUACUGCACUGGCUUAUCCGGUUCAAUCUCCUGGUGUUAUAGGCAACCAACCUGACGUUGUUAUGGACAGCCUAUCAGUUCAUGACCUUGGUUUAGUGCAUCCAAAGAAGGUUUUCAACUUCUACAAUGAGCUCCAUGCCUAUUUAGCAUCAUGUGGGGUUGAUGGAGUAAAAGUUGAUGCUCAGAACAUUAUUGAAACACUUGGUGCUGGCCAUGGUGGAAGAGUGUCUCUCACCCGUAGCUAUCACCAAGCUCUUGAGGCCUCAAUUGCAAGAAACUUCCCUGACAAUGGAUGUAUUGCCUGCAUGUGUCAUAACACUGAUGGAAUCUAUAGUGCCAAGCAGACUGCUGUAGUGAGAGCUUCUGAUGAUUUCUAUCCUCGGGAUCCUGCUUCCCACACCAUCCAUAUCUCCUCUGUGGCUUACAACACUCUAUUCCUUGGCGAAUUUAUGCAACCAGACUGGGAUAUGUUCCAUAGUUUACACCCAGCUGCCGAGUAUCAUGGGGCUGCUCGUGCUAUUGGUGGAUGUGCAAUCUAUGUCAGUGAUAAACCAGGGAACCACAACUUUGACCUGUUGAAGAAGCUGGUCCUCCCUGAUGGAUCUGUCCUCCGUGCCCAACUUCCAGGCCGGCCAACACUUGACAGCCUCUUUGCUGACCCAGCAAGAGAUAGAACUAGCUUACUCAAGAUCUGGAAUGUGAACAAAUGCACCGGUGUAGUAGGUGUCUUCAACUGCCAAGGUGCGGGGUGGUGCAAGAUUGAGAAGAAGACCCGCAUUCAUGAUGAAACUCCAGGUACCCUCACGGGCUCUGUUUGUGCCAGUGAUGUUGAUUGCAUUGCAAAAGUUGCUGGUGCAAAAUGGAAUGGGGAAACCGUGGUGUAUGCCUACAAAUCAGGGGAGCUGGUUCGGUUGCCUAAAGGUGCUUCAGUGCCAGUGACACUGAAAGUUCUUGAAUAUGAACUCUUCCAUUUCUGUCCUAUCGAUGAUAUCGCUUCCAACAUUUCAUUUGCACCAAUAGGCUUGCUUGACAUGUUCAACACAGGCGGUGCUGUGGAGCAGGUUGAAAUCCAUAUGACUUCUGACAAGGCGCCAGAGCACUUUGAUGGUGAAGUCUCCUCAGAGCAGACUACUUCUCUCAGGGAGAACCGGUCUCCGACUGCAACCAUUGCACUGAGAGUCAGGGGCUGCGGACGGUUUGGUGCUUACUUUUCCCAGCGCCCUCUAAAAUGCACUGUGGGCAAUGCUGACACUGACUUCAAUCAUGACUCUGCCACUGGGCUAUUGACCAUGACUCUCCCUGUAGCAGAAGAGGAAAUGUACAGAUGGCCUGUGGAGAUACAGGUUUAAGCAGAUUGAAGUAAUGACAUUUUAUUAAUAUCGAGUGGAAUAUCACCAUUCUUAGGAGGGUGUCCUGCAUGCAUGGAGGUAGGGAUGAUGGCGGCGCAUGACUUGCAAAAGUGAUGGAUGUAAAUUGCAUAGCAUGGAGUGAGAGAGACCCCCUUGCAUUGAUGAAUAACCAAUGGGCAUGAUAUUGCUGUAUUCCAUUUAUCAAUAAUAGAAGUUCCUUUCUUUCUAUA